GAUCGCAGUCUGUGCAUCCCAUCCUGAGAAAUUCCGAGUUCGUGUUAUCACCACAGGAAAUCCAUCGUUUAUUAUUUCCGCGUGGCAAUUCGGUCACCAAUCAGCAAAGCAGAAGACACCGUAGUGUAAAAAGGACGGAGUGGCCUAUCUGGCAGAGAUUGUCGUGAAAGUAUUCGCGUGCUGCUUCAACAACCUCCUUUUUUGGAAAGAAAGACCAGCUACGCCGGUAGGAACAUUGGGUUGCCUUUCCGACCGGGUUCCGUGAUUGGCGAUUGAACCCGUCAUGUCAGUCAUAUGAUCGAUCAGUUUAUGGUCUCUUUAUUUUCUUCCCCUGCAAGACCUGCUUCCCCACCGUCCAGAACCGCUCGGCAGAGAGCGGUCAAUCACGUUAGUGAGUCAUCAAGGAGAAGGUCAUUUUAAUUGACAGUAACAAAACAAUAGUACAGCGUUAUAGUCAUCCUCCACAUCCUGUCCUGGGCUGCAAGGAUACAAGUAACACUUCUUCGUCUUCUUUGGCGCGAAGACCGUCGUCGGUCAUGUCUGCCCAAUAAGGAAUAGUCCUCUCGUAAAGGCAAAAGUUCGGUCUAAGAGCACAAUCCCUAGGGGGAGUAAACCAGUAACCGACAACAACACAUACAAUGGCAAACCCAUUCGGUGAGCCUAUCGGCGACGAGGGUGCUACUGCCUCUGGUUCUAGCUUUGUACAUGGCACCGACAGUGAUAACGAAAUACUUGAGGGUUUUCUCUGCCCGAUCUGCAAGAACGACCUACGUACUCCGGAGCGACUGACGGUGCACGUAGAGCAGGAACACUCGGACGAGCAGGAUCUGCUGAAGUCGUUGAAGGAAAUUUUCAGCUUCGCCAAGCAGGGCAUACUGAAGAAGGGCAAAAAGAAACCCGGCCCUUACGACAGCCCGAACGAGGCGUCGGGGGUGAAAGGUGCAGACGUCGGCAUCUGCCCAACGGCCGCCUCGUCGCAAAACAACCCGCUGCUGCAGCCCACCGUCGUCCAGGUGGUUGGCUGCGAGUGUGAUCACAUGGCAUAUUUUAAGGCCGUGCGCAACCCACGGCUGGAGCGGUACGCAUCGGAGACGAACAAGCUGAUCAUCCGGCUGGACAAGUUGCUCGACGGCUGCCCGACCGACCCGGACGGCAAAAAGCGCCACGAGCAGAGCAAGGUACCGUGGAUCGACGGGAAGCUGGUGAAGCUGUGUCCGAGUUGUGCAAAAAGCUUCGGAAUUACGCGCCGCCAGCAUCACUGCCGGGUGUGCGGUUCGGUCAUGUGCGAUGGCUGCUCGCUGUAUCUCAGCUUCGAGGACGCGCGGAACAUCGUGCAGCCGAAUCCGGCCAGCCCAACCUCCCGGAAUCGACCAGACGAAGGCAUCGAUGCACCGGCCAACGAAACUGAGAGCUUCCGCGUGUGCGAGCACUGCCUGCACCUACUGAUGAACCGGAUGGAGAUGCAAGACUCGCGAGUGGAUCGUCCGCCAAUAACUCGGCUGUACGAGUGGCUGCAGCGCGAGCGCACCGGCAUAGAACCCGACAUACCGAUGUACCGUCGCAUUUUGGAUAGUCUGUACGAAGGAGACGUGAUUUUCCGCCUGUCGGACGCAUCGGCCCUGCGUGAGAAGAUCGGACGGACCGCUGAGCGGCUCGACGAUAUAAGCAAGUCCGUCCUGGUGCUUCCCUUCGCAGCUGGCAGCCGUGAGGAGGCGCUCAAGAAAGCCAUCCGGUUAGCGUGCGUCUCGUAUAUCAAGGAGUGCAUGCUGUCGAUCCCACCAUUGCCGGUAGAGGAGGAGAUCAAAAAGAUUCAGAUCCGGCGGCGCCAGGAGACGGCCCGGCGUGAGGAACGCGAGCGCAUGCUGGCCCAGGAGGCGUACGAGCGGUACGAGCUGCUGCAGGCGGGUAACGUCGAUCCAACGUUGUCCUCCGCCUCGUACAACAACGGCAGCUCGUCCAGCUCCAGUACGGCCUCUACGGCAGAAAUGACUGUCGGCCGGUUCGCGCCCGCCGCCAUCUCAACGAUGGACAACUGGAGUGGUACGCAGACGGGCGCGGCUAGUAACCCCAACUCGACAGCCGAUCCACUCAUCGACCAGAUCAAUAUCGUGAAGGGUUACAUUCGGCAGGCGCGUGAAGCGAUGCGCUUCGAGGAGGUGGCCACGCUCGAGCAGAACCUGAGCGAGCUCACCCAGGAGUUCUACAACCGACAGCGGUUGGCGUCGCAGUGACCCACUCCAAGACGCUGAAGGUAAGAAACAAAUAUGCAUUUGUUGAAGCGAAGAAGCUACAGAUUUUCUGUCAACCAAAUGAAACGACGCUGCAAGCCGACGGUUCGUACUCGUGAUGUUAAUUUAUUCCAUAGCAAAAUAUUACAGUAUUUUUAAACAAACAUUACAAAAGGAUAUCAUUUCCUUUUCCGUUUCCUUUGUAUUUUGCUUUCGUAAGCGCUUAAAGAGAAUUUAAUAAAGAUCAAUAGAAAAUAAAUCAACAAAAUUUCAAAUCAUCAUUCUUGAUCGUUAAGGGCUAAGUCUUUCCGUUAGUUCGAGACUGAAUUCAACGCAAUUAAACGUUCCGUUUCCGUUCGCUUCUCAAAUGCCUACACGCUGGUAGGAUGGCGUACUCUGAGAUUGUGCGAAAUGAAGAGUAGUAGAUAAUAUAGGUUAAAUU